GCGAGCGCCGCAGCGGGACCAGUCGGCAGCUCCUGCAUCCCGGCCGCCAGCAUCCUCCGCACCGGGCCCGCACCCCCGCGGCCCCGGCCUCGGCGGGGCCAUGGCCGAGAUCACCAGUGUCCACCCCGGCUUCGAUGUGUCCCCCGUGGUGGCCGGACUCAUCGGCGCCACCGUGCUGGUGGUUUCCGUCUCAGUCACAGUCUUUGUGUGGACGUGCUGUCACCAGCAAGCAGAAAAGAAGCACAAAACCCCGCCUUACAAAUUCAUCCACAUGCUGAAAGGCAUCAGCAUCUACCCGGAGACCUUGAGCAACAAGAAGAAAAUCAAGCGGAUCCGCCGAGACAAGAGCGGCGCGGCCGGGGAGGGCGGCAGCGGGGGCAACCUCCUGCUGGAUGCUGCUGAGGCCGGCUUGGGGGGCCCCAGCAAGGCUCCAGACGGACCCCCCCAGGUGGAGCAGCUCCCCAUCAAGGUGGAUUAUGGAGACGAACUCAGCCCGGAUCAAAGCCUCACUCCGGGAGGAAGCAAAACCUCCUCUCCCUCUUCUCCGGGCGACGACGUGAUGCUGGGAGAGCUGACUUUCUCCGUGGACUACAACUUCCCAAAAAAGGCCCUGGUGGUCACCAUCCAGGAGGCCCACGGGCUGCCGGUGAUGGACGAGCACACGCAGAGCUCCGACCCCUACAUCAAGAUGACCAUCCUGCCCGACAAGAGGCACCGCGUCAAGACCCGCGUGCUGCGCAAGACCCUGGAGCCCGUCUUCGACGAGACCUUCACCUUCUACGGCAUCCCCUACAGCCAGCUGCAGGACCUGGUGCUGCACUUCCUGGUGCUCAGCUUCGACCGCUUCUCCCGCGACGACGUGAUCGGCGAGGUGAUGGUGCCCCUGGCAGGCGUGGAUCCCAGCACGGGCAAGGUGCAGCUCACCAGGGAGAUCCUCAAAAGGAACAUCCAGAAGUGCAUCAGCAGAGGGGAGCUGCAGGUGUCCCUGUCCUACCAGCCCGUGGCACAGAGGAUGACUGUGGUGGUGCUGAAGGCCAGGCAUUUGCCAAAGAUGGACAUCACUGGCCUCUCAGGUAACCCCUACGUCAAGGUGAACGUUUACUACGGCCGCAAGCGCAUCGCCAAGAAGAAGACGCACGUCAAGAAGUGCACGCUGAACCCCGUGUUCAACGAGUCCUUCAGCUACGACAUCCCGGCCGAGCUGCUGCCCGACGUCAGCGUCGAGUUCCUGGUGAUCGACUUCGAGCGCACCACCAAGAACGAGGCCGUGGGGCGGCUGAUCCUGGGCGCGCACAGCGCCAGCGCCGCGGGCGCCGAGCACUGGCGCCAGGUGUGCGACGGCCCCGGCAAGAGCGUGGCCAAGUGGCACAGCCUGAGCGAGUACUAAAACCCAGCCUGGCACGUGCCACCAGGUUGGGUUGGCGCUAGGACUGGAGUGGAGUUGAGUUGAGUUGAGUUGAGUUGAGUUGAGUUGAGAGAAGAAGAAGAAGAAGCAGCUUGGUUGGUUGUGGUUGGGUUUGGGGUUUGGUAGGGUGGGGAAGCGGGGGGAAAAAAAAAAUGGGGUGUGGGUGAGGGGAAGUGGUUGGGAAAUGGGAGUUUGGCUUUAGCGCGAGUGGGUUUUGUAAGGUCGUAAAGGGUUUUAAAAUGGGGAAUUAAUUCUACAAAAAAACGGGGAAUAAAUUAUGAGGUAGACGUAAUUCAAAAUAAAACUUCUCUAGUUUGAGUGGGUUUCGCAAGGUAGUAAAGGGUUUCAAAAAUGGGGAAUGAAUUCUACAAAAAAACGGGGAAUAAAUUAUGAGGUAGACGUAAUUCAAAAUAAAAGUUCCCUUUAGUUCAAGUGGGUUUUGUAAGGUCGUAAAGGGGUUUGAAAAAAUGGGGAAUGAAUUCUGCAAAAAAAUGGGGAAUAAAUUGUACAAAAAAACGGGGAAUAAAUUCUACAAAAAAAUGGGGAAUAAAUUAUAAGAUAGACGUAAUUCAAAAUAAAAUUUCCCUUUAGUUCGAGUGGGUUUCACAAGGUAGUAAAGGGUUUAAAAUACAGGGAAUUAAUUCUAUGAAAAAAUGGGGAAUAAAUUCUACAAAAAAAUGGGGAAUAAAUUAUGAGGUAGACGUAAUUCAAAAUAAAAGUUCCCUUUAGUUCAAGUGGGUUUCGCAAGGUCGUAAAGGGGUUUGAAAAAAUGGGAAAUGAAUUCUGCAAAAAAAUGGGGAAUAAAUUGUACAAAAAAAUGGGGAAUAAAUUAUAAGGUAGACGUAAUUCAAAAUAAAAGUUCCAUUUAGUUCAAGUGGGUUUUGUAAGGUCGUAAAGGGUUUGAAAAAAUGGGGAAUGAAUUCUACAAAAAAACGGGGAAUAAAUUAUAAGAAAUAAUUUAAAAAUAAAAUUUUCUCUUUAGUUCAAGUGGGUUUCGCAAGGCAGUAAAGGGUUUCAAAAAUGGGGAAUGAAUUCUGCAAAAAUAAAUAAAUAAAAUGGGGAAUAAAUUAUAAGGUAGAUGUAAUUCAAAAUAAAAUUUCUCUUUAGUUCAAGUGGGUUUUGCAAGGUAGUAAAGGGUUUCAAAAAUGGGGAAUGAAUUCUACAAAAAAAUGGGGAAUAAAUUGUACAAAAAAAUGGGGAAUAAAUUAUAAGGAAGACGUAAUUCAAAAUAAAAGUUCCCUUUAGUUCAAGUGGGUUUUGUAAGGUCGUAAAGGGGUUUUAAAAAAUGGGGAAUGAAUUCUACAAAAAAACGGGGAAUAAAUUAUAAGAAAUAAUUUAAAAAUAAAAUUCUCUCUUUAGUUCAAGUGGGUUUCGCAAGGCAGUAAAGGGUUUCAAAAAUGGGGAAUGAAUUCUGCAAAAAUAAAUAAAUAAAAUGGGGAAUAAAUUCUGCAAAAAUAAAUAAAUAAAAUAGGGAAUAAAUUAUAAGGAAGACGUGAUUAAAAAUAAAAUUUCUCUUUAGUUCAAGUGGGUUUCGCAAGGUAGUAAAGGGUUUCAAAAAUGGGGAAUGAAUUCUGCAAAAAUAAAUCAAUAAAAUGGGGAAUAAAUUCUGCAAAAACAAAUAAAUAAAAUGGGGAAUAAAUUCUGAGGAAGAAACAGUUCAAAAAAUAAAUUCUCUUUAGUUAACGUGGUUUUGCAAGGCACUCAAGUGUUUAAAAAAUGGGGAAUAAAUUCUACAAAAAUCCAAUAAGAUGGGGAAUAAAUGAGAAGAAAUAAAACAAAUUUUUACAAAGGUUCUCUUCAGUUGAUGUGGGUUUUGCAGGGCACUGAAAUCCAAAAAAAAGGGGAAUAAAUUCUACAAAAAAGUGAAAUAAAACGGGGAACAAAUGAGAAGAAAGAAAAAAUUUUUUACAAAGGCUCUCUUCAGUUGAUGUGGGUUUUGCAGGGCACUCAAAUCCUUUAAAAAAUGGGAAUAAAUUCUACAAAAAAGUGAAAUAAAAUGGGGAAUAAAUGAGAAGAAAGAAACAAUUUUUUACAAAGGCUCUCUUCAGUUGAUGUGGGUUUUGCAGGGCACUAAAACCCUUUAAAAAACGGGAAUAAAAAAGAGAAGAAAGGAAGAAAAAAAAUAAACAAAAAACAAAAAGUACCACAACUAUAUAUACCAGUGUAAUCACUAUUGCAUGCCUACUACGAACUGCAAUUAGUCUAAUAUCGAGGUGCAGGUUUUAAUACAAUUAAUGAAUGAAUGAAUUAAUGAAUUUUCUGUCACUAUGGAGUUGUGUUCGUGUCUUUGCUGGCUCCUCCCAAAUUUCUCAAUUCUGCUGUUGGAUUCCUCGCUGGUUUUUUUUUUUGCCUGCCCACGGGUUCUGUGCUGGUUUGGGGAGCCCCAAAUUCUGCACUGGCACAAGAGGAAAAUGCAGGGGAAGGGCUCUGGCCCCCAGAAAAAAAGAAAUAAUUCCGUGUCAGGGACUGAAAUCUUUGUCCUCGGGGUGUUCCUGGGGGUCACAACGUCCCAAAAUCCAAACCCCAACAAGGUGACCCCGCUGAUUUUGGGGGGGUCACACAGGCUGCAGGAAUUGGAGAAAUCCUGAUUAUUUUAAUUUGAUUUAAUCCUGCUCGUUUUCAUUUUAUUUCAUCCUCUCUGUGCAUUUAAUCCUGCUCAUUUUAAUUUGAUUUAAUCCUCUCUGUGCAUUUAAUCCUGCUCAUUUUAAUUUGAUUUAAUCCUGCUCAUUUUAUUUUAUUUCAUCCUCUCUGUGCAUUUAAUCCUGCUCAUUUUCAUUUAAUUUAAUCCAUUCUGUGCAUUUAAUCCUGCUCAUUUUUAUUUUAUUUCAUCCUCUCUGUGCAUUUAAUCCUGCUCAUUUUCAUCAUUUCAUCCUGCUCAUUUUAAUUUUGUUUAAUCCUCUCUGUGCAUUUAAUCCUGCUCAUUUUCAUUUGAUUUAAUUCUCUCUGUGCAUUUCAUCCUGCUCAUUUUCAUGAUUUAAUCCUGCUCAUUUUAAUUUUAUUUAAUCCAUUCUGUGCAUUUAAUCCUGCUCAGACCCCAUUGCUUUUGGGGGGUCACACAGGCUGCAGGAAUUGGAGAAAUCCUGAUUAUUUUAAUUUGAUUUAAUCCUGCUCGUUUUCAUUUUAUUUCAUCCUCUCUGUGCAUUUAAUCCUGCUCAUUUUCAUUUGAUUUAAUCCUGCUCAUUUUCAUUAUUUAAUCCUGUUUAUUUUCAUGAUUUAAUCCUGCUCAGUUUCAUUAUUUCAUCCUCUCUGUGCAUUUAAUCCUGCUCAGUUCUAUUUUAUUUAAUCCUGCUCAUUUCAAUUUUAUUUCAUCCUCCCUGUGCAUUUAAUCCUGCUCAUUUAAAUUUUAUUUAAUCCUGCUCAUUGUCAUUUUUUAAUCCUGGUCAUUUAAAUUUUAUUUAAUCCUGCUCAUUUUCAUUAUUUAAUCCUGUUUAUUUUCAUGAUUCAAUCCUGCUCAUUUUCAUUAUUUCAUCCUCCCUGUGCAUUUAAUCCUGCUCAUUUUAAUUUUAUUUAAUCCUGCUCAUUUUAAUUUUAUUUCCUCUUCUCUUUCCUCCAAGAAAUCCCAAACACUGAUGUGUCAACGAUUGAUAAGGAAAAUUUUAAACAUUUCACAGCAAAUUCUGAUAAUUUUUGUUUAAAAGCUGAGCCAGGAAAGGUCCUGGAGGCAGAGCUGGUCCAUGACAAGGUGAAAAAUCUGAUUUUCCACAAAAUGAAAAAAAUCUUCUUUUCAUCCAUGCUGGGCUCAGAAAUGAUCCAAAAAUUGGCACUAAAAAUUCUGAAUUUUGAGAGAGAGAGAAUUCUGCAUUUGAGAGGGAGAAUUCUGAAAUUUUAACCUGAAAUUUUCAGAAUUUUUGGGGCUCUUUGAACCCUGCAGGAAUUUGGAACAGGAAUUGAUGAAGUUCGGAUGCAGGAUUUGGAUUUGGGAAUUCUGCUCCCAGAAAUCUGGCAGCAAAUCAUUAGAAAUAAUUAUCAUUAAAAUUAUAUAAAUUAUUAUCAUUAAAAUUGUUCCUGGCUUUACAAAGAGGCCUCAGGUUUUCAGGAAAGGAAAUUUAAAAAAAAUUUCAAAUUUUUGGUUGUUCCCAAGCAGCCAGACUGCUCUGAGCCCUUUGGGAUGCGAACAGAAAUGCAAAUUCCAGAAUUAAAAUUUCUGAAACAUUUUGAAAAAUUUGAAAUCAUUAACAUUUUGAAAAA